AUGCCGGUUGAGGACGACUCACACCCUUGGAAGGUACUGGGUUUCCGUGUCCAUGGUUUGGUGCGGACUAUGAUCAUGUCCUUAUCAACUAGUGAAGAGAGCCUUGUUACCGUAGCGCAUAUGGAUGGAAACAAUCAGGACUCCGAUCGUGAAAGAAAGGCUCGCAGGUUGGCUGUCCAAAAUUGGACCAUGGGGCAGGGUGACCCUCUGUUGUACACCCGCCCAGAAAGGCUGAGGUCAUUUAAUGCCACCGGGUGUAUUUUUAGCAUGGAACUAUCACUUUCAAGGUUUAAGCUCUUGCGUGUGAUUGCUAUAGAGGAAUGCACUUUCUUGGAAGGCAGCUCUUGUGAUCUUAAGCAUCUGGGGAAGUUGCAUCAGUUGAGGUACCUCGGACUAUACAACACAAAUAUUGGCAAACUACCCGAAGACAUAGGGGAUCUAAUUUCUUUGCAGACACUGGACUUGAGGGGAACCAGUGUCCGAGAACUGCCCCUGGGAGUUGCUCGGCUAAGACAACUCAGGUGCCUGCGAGCUGAUGAAGGCAUAGCAGUCGGGAUGGGGAAUCUCACAUCCCUAGAGGAACUACGGCUCGGUGAUGUAGGCAUGUCGGGAAACUUCGUUGAAGAGCUAGGCAAGCUGACGGAGCUAAGGGAGCUCCAUAUUUGGGUUGGAAGGUUGGAUGAGAAGCAGAGGAAAGCUUUGGUGCAGUCUAUGAGAAAACUGGAGAAAAUCCAAGUCCUAAGACUUAUGGCUCACUGGUCAUUCGGUGGUCAGCUCAUUUGGGGAGACUAUGAUCCACCUCGAGAACUCCAUGAGUUGCACCUAAGCAUCCUGUCCUCUCGGCUGCCGAAGUGGGUCAAUGUCUCCCAUGUUCCGAUUCUCUCACACUUGUAUGUGCAUGUGAUGGCUGUGGAGGAUCAGGAUCUGGAUACCCUUGGGGCUUUGCCAGAACUCAUUAGUCUGGAACUGGUGAUCUGGUCGAAUGUCUUCCAUAGCAUCAAGGGCGACGGUGCAUUCCCCAAGCUGAGGCGCUUUCACAUGUCGUCAACGCUCAGGUUUCUACUGGGCGCUAUGCUGCGACUGGAAUUUCUUCACUUCAAAGUUGACGUCCCAGCCUUAAAGGAUGCCAACGUUAACUUUGAUGAUGACUUUGCUGCAUCAACGUUGAAGAACCUCCCUUCACUUCAGAAAGUGGAGGUGGAAAUCAGCUCUACUGGUGAUGUCGAGGCGAUACAUGAAGCACUGAAGCGUGCAGUGGACGAACAUCCAAACAGUCCCAGCCUUCAAGACUACUGUAACCAUGCCGCUGGCUGCAGGGCCACCUCGUCAGUCUUUGAGCUUAGUUCAUGUUUGAAGGGGUAA